AUGACCGCCUCCACCCACGCCAGCUUCCAGUACAUCGACCCCGCGUCCAUCAAAGACACGAAGCCGUGGUCCAAGGUCGACGGCCCCGGACGCUCCUACGGCGAGGUCACGGUCGAGAAGCCAGUGUACAACGCCCGCGACGACGCUGGUGACUUCAAGGACGUCGACCGGACCGGUUUCGCAUUCUACACUUCGCCGUCGGCCGUGCCGGCCGAAGACGUGCUUUCCGACGGACCGGCAGUGCGCGGAGCGUACUAUGACGAGGUCGAGGCUGCGCUUCGCAAGAAUCUCAAGGACGGCGACAAGGUGAAGCGCGUGUACAUCUUCGACCACACGAUCCGCGUGCGCGACCCGAACGCCGCUCGCCAACCCGUCGCGUUCGUGCACGUUGACCAGACUCCCGGCGCCGCUGCUGCCCGUGUGCGUAGGCAUCUGGGUGACGACGCCGAGGCCCUGCUGCAGAAGCGCUUCCAGCUGAUCAACGUCUGGAGGCCACUUGGACACGAGGCGUCCGACCACCCGCUCGGUGUAAUUGACUGGCGAUCAGCAUCGAAGGCGGACCUCACCCCCGUCGACCUCCUGUACCCCGAGCGCAACGAUGGCGACGACGACGACCGCGGCAAGGAGAAGCUCCCCGACGCCGAGACGCUGCAGUCGACUGAGGGAUACAAGGUCGGAGGAGAGACAUACUCGGUCUUGCCCAACCCGAAGCACCGCUUCUACUAUGUCAAGGACAUGCGCCCGGACGAGAUCAUGCUCCUCAAAUGCUUCGACAGCGAGAGCGCCGAGAACGGCGGUCCCAGCGACCUCGCCGGCUUCACGCCGCAUACCGCCUUCGACGACCCGAACACGCCCAAGGAUGCCAAGCCGCGGCAGUCGAUCGAGGUGCGUUGCCUCGUGUUCUACGAGUAA